GCAUUUAAUAGUUAAAAGCCACAUCGCUGUGAAUUUGGUUAGUUUGAAAGCGACAAUGAUGCUUACUAAACUGCCUAUGGAAUGGAUCGUUGUUCUUAUCAGCAUCAUUGUUUUUUCGGGAGGAGGUUCAUAUGCUUGUGAUGAUGGCAGGUUUUGGGGACAUUGCCAAAGAAAUGAGUUGUGUGUUUGCAAUAAGAAAAACUGGUAUCAAACAACAACAAGCGAAAUUAAAAAAGUAGACUCAACUAAAACAUCUUUUUCCUCAAUUUGCAGUUGUCUUAAUACAGAUACCAGUCAAACUGUGGACUGUCGUAAUCCUGAUCUUUAUAAUAAGCUCGUCGAUCAUCUCGAGUUUAAUAAAACCUUAGUUUUGACAGAUGAUACAACAUGUAGGCAGUUACUCACAGAAACAUUCGAAACCACAUCUGCUUAUGAACAUACUGUUCAGAACCAAGCUACAAGUGAAGCCAUGUGUCCUUGCAGUUGUGAAUAUUUCGACAAAAUCGAAUACUGGAGUCAAGAAGCUAACCAAAUCAAACAAUAUAACGAAUUGAGUCAGCAACUUGCCCAAAUCAAGAACAUAUUGAAGAUGGAAACUAAAAAUCUGACAGCUUAUCUUAAUACAAAGAAAAGCGUAGGCGAUAAGCGUCCGUCAGCCCGAGCCACAGGGUACGUGGGUGGUGUCAUACUGGUUCUCAUACUUUGUUGCCUGGUUCUCCUGGACAUCUUCAAGUGUUCCCACUAAAAGUUGAUAAUCAAAAACAUAUUAAGGCAUUUUCACAGGAUCCAAAGCCAUAUUUUGAAGAAAAAAAGUCACAGAAGUGCAAUUGCGUGUCAAUAAUUUGGACGUAAAUAUCUUCAAAUUUUGAAUACAGAUUGAUACUAAAAGUAACUAUAUAUGCUUAGACCCAUAGGACAUUAAUGACGUUAUUGACAAAACAGAGAAAUGACGUCACAAAUAUAUGAUGCUAUUUCAUAGCGUUGUCCGAAAAGUUGACAGCAUAAAGCGCGUUAAUUUCACAACGUGUAGUAAUAUUUACUUGAUUUUUUUAAAUUCAGCAAAGUUAUUUUCUCCAUGGUGGGUUAGUUUAGGAGAUUGUUGUCGCCAUUUUUACAAUUUGGUUAACUUUUUAAGCUGUAUCCACAAAUUCAUUUUGAUUUUUCUCUUAUUUUAUUUUAGAUUGUUUUUAAAUAUGCUAAUUUAGUAUUGGCUAUGUUGUAAAAAUAUUUUAUUAUUAAAUUUAGUGUACGUGU